AUGCCCCUUCAACUAGCCAUGGCGGGCACGGUGGAGAAGUGGGGCGCGGUGUGGUCGGUGCUGGCGAGCCUCGUCUUCCUCUGGCCGCAGCUGCAGAGCUACGUCCCCGCCGGCCUCCGCCACUGGCUCGCCGCCAUGGCCGACAAGGUCGCCUCCUGCCUCAGCCCCUACCUCCACGUUACCAUCUCCGAGUACGGCGACCACCGGUUCCGCCGCAGCGAGUUCUUCCUCGCCGCCGAGGCCUACCUCGGCCACGCCUGCGCCUGCCGCGCACGCAGGCUCAAGGCCGACCUCGGCCGGGACGCCAGGGGCGUCCAGGUCUCCGUCGACGACGAGCAGGAGGUCACCGACGGUUUCCGCGGCGCCACGGUGUGGUGGUACCCGUCCUCCAAGUCCAGCGGCGGCAAGGUCAUCAGCUUCUACCCCGGGGAGGACGAGCGCCGCCUCUACCGCCUCGUCUUCCACCGCCGCCACCGCGACCUCGUCCUCGACGGCUACCUCCCCCACGUCCUCGCCGAGGGCCGCGCCGUCACCGUCCGCAACCGCCAGCGCCGCCUCUUCACCAACAACGCCAGCACCAGCUGGAACCCCUACCGCCGCGGGAAGGGCGUCUGGAGCCACGUGCCCUUCGAGCACCCGGCCAGGUUCGACACGCUCGCCAUGGACCCCGGCCAGAAGGACGCUGUCGUCGACGACCUCAUGGCGUUCCGUGACAGCAAGGACUACUAUGCCAAGGUCGGCAAGCCCUGGAAGCGAGGGUACCUGCUCCACGGGCCCCCCGGCACCGGCAAGUCCACCAUGAUCGCCGCCAUGGCCAACUUCCUCGACUACGACGUCUACGACCUCGAGCUCACGGCCGUCAAGAACAACACCGAGCUGCGCAAGCUCUACAUCGAGACCACCGGCAAGUCCAUCAUCGUCAUCGAGGACAUCGACUGCUCCGUCGACCUCACCGGCAAGCGCAAAGAGGCCUCCGGCGACAGGAAGGACGACGGCGGCGAGGGCAGCGACGACAAGCCCAAGCUUCCGACCGACGCGGACAGGGACGACAGCGGCAGCAAGGUGACGCUGUCGGGGCUCCUCAACUUCAUCGACGGGCUGUGGUCGGCGUGCGGCGGCGAGCGGAUCAUCGUCUUCACGACGAACCACAAGGAGAAGCUGGACCCGGCGCUGAUCCGGCGGGGCCGGAUGGACGUCCACAUCGAGAUGUCCUACUGCCGCUUCGAGGCGUUCAGGGUGCUGGCCAAGAACUACCUCGGCGUCGAGCAGCACGAGCUGUUCGGCGAGAUAGGGCGGCUGCUGGAGGAGGCCGACAUGUCGCCGGCGGACGUGGCCGAGAACCUGAUGCCCAUGUCGAGGACGAAGAAGAGGGACCCUGACGCGUGCCUGGCAGGUCUAGUCGAGGCGCUGAACAGGGUACUCAAGGAGGAAGCGGAAGCGAAGGCGGCGAAAGAGGAGGAGGAAGAGACGAAAGCGAAGGCGCAGGCAGCCACCAAUGGUGGUAAAGACGAAGGCAAGGACGAAACGACGUCACCGGAAGCGGACAAGGCCAAUGGCGACAUCAAAUAUAUACUGUAACAUCAUGCAAGUGGGAUCGAGCAGCUGAUCUCGUGAGGUGGAAGCCACGUAUCUGAGCAGACUGCUCAUCAUGAAGCUUGACGGUUUACUGAUUGCGCCUUUGCGCUAUUUUAGCCACUGUAGCUUUCUUGUUACAGCUUUUCCAUUCAACUUGGUAAUAAGAAAAUUCCCAACCCAUAGAACUAGAUAUAGUUUUCAUAAACUCUACGUCAUCAAAAAACUAGUACUAGACACUACUCUUUCAAUGCAAACACCAUUA